AGAAACUAAAUUAAUGAAAAGUUGUUAUCUUUUGCAACCCUGUUUUCAUGUUGAGAAUAGGCUAGUUAACGAAUUGUCAUUACUAGUAUUUUGAAAGCUGUACAUAGGGAACGAAUUGGCUAGAGAUAGCUAGUUUGCUCGCUGAUGUCAUGAACAAUAUUUUGCCAGCUGUAACGUUACACAGGAAGAGAUAGCUAACUUGCCCUGCUCGCUAAUGUUGUAUUAACAUUACGCCCCAUGGAGUUGACAGAUCAAACUCCGUUGAGUAAGUCUAACGUUACAACGCAAAACUCUGCUCUGCUGUCAGCAUUGGAGCAGUUAAAAUCAUCAAGGACCACUCGACAGAAAAUUAACAACCCUCUUAAUGUGGCGGUCAUUUCUAUCCAGAGGUAUCUAGAUCAAAGUAACGUUGGCGCUAAAACCGAUAGUUGUACCGAUGUUUACACGUACGAUCUGACUGUGACAGAUGGGGCAUGGAGUAAAUGUAAACUUUCCACAACUCUACAUUCUUUGCUGCACAGAAAUAUUCUUCGUAGCGGCAUUGAUGUUCGUAUUGUGGAGUUUGCGAUCAUUUAUGACGAGAGGAGGUUAGGUCAGAGUUUUGUGCGCAUAGAUAACCUCGAAUGCACCUCAGAAGUGUCGGAGGUUUUUCGGUGUGCCAAAGACCUAGAUGCUCUGUCAGUUUGGACAAACAACGAUGCUCGAAUGCUCUCCUUCAUCCAAAUGGACCUUCCCCUCGAUGCGGGUCGGAAACAUUAUCUUUCGCUCUGGAAUAACGAAGAUCCGCAUGGCACAGUCUGGACGCCAAACGAUUCGCCAGUUGACGUACUCUUUGACGUGUCAAAAAUCUGCCUGGUGGCAGAUCUGGAGUCUUUCUAUGUCAGAGGGAAACCCCCCCGUCCACUACUUGUAAGAGUAAUGCACAAAUCCCGCUUGAGAUACUAUGGAAAACCAACCAAAAAUACCGACUUUCCAUUUCAGGCCUACUUCGAAGUGGCUGACCAGAGUGGCACCAUAUCCAUGGUUCUCUGGAAUGAGCUGUGUGUGGAGUGGUACCACAGGCUCAAUGUUGGAACGGAGCUCUACCUCAACCGCUACUCUCUGAAGAAAGCCUACCAACAGCGCACCCGGCCUCAAAUGAACAACAGUCACAUGGUCUUCCACUCCACCGAGGUCAGCCUGAACCCAGAAACUGCGGUGAUUUCUGUGAUCCCUCCACGGAAGGUGCAGCCACAGUGGUGUCUACCUGUGGUCUCCUACCUCUUUCACACUAGGUCCGAAAUUGAGAACUUGGCUGAUAAGGCUGUUGUUGAUGUCAUCGGCCUGGUCACCUUUGUUGGACGUACAGAGCGAGUUAGGAGCCGCGCAAACACAGUUCCUGAGAGGUUCUGGACGUAUCGGUGGGUCCACGCCGUGGAUGGAACAUCAAACGCUCCCUUUAUCCUUGAGAUCUUCUCCACCUCACAGCCAGAUAUGUUCAACAGUAUCCAUCCAAUGGCUCUCCUAGUGUGCACCCAGAUGAGAGUGUGUUGUGGCCCGGGCUCACAUCGCUACUUAACGUCCAGUGCAGAGACCCAGAUCUUCACCACAGGCUAUCACAAGAACCAGCCCUACCAGUCCCAGCCCAAGGUGAAGGCCUUCAUCCAGUGGGUGAAAACGCAGAGGGAUAGAGACAUGCUCACAAAGUGCACAGUCGGAGGGUACUACUGCUGCCCCAAUCCCCAGCCCACCUUGGCCCUCAACACAGACCAGAGCUCAGGAACCACAAGGCUUACCCAGAAUGCACCGCAGCAACAGCAGCUCCAGUGCACCCCGCAAACGCAAAACAGCACUGCCCUCAAAAGGCAGAUGAAACGCCACUACAUGACCAGGGCUCAAGCGUUGUCACGGAGAGAAAGUCCCAUCGAUGAGCCACCAGAAGAUGAAGAGGUAAGUGAGGAGGAGGAGGAGGAAGAAGAAGAAGCGCCUGAACAACACGAGCAGCCGUCAGAGCAAACCAGUCAGCCAGCAGCCACAGGGGCCGGUCCCCAGGGUAGCGCAGAGCAGUCUUCUGUCGACUCCCCAGAUGCAUCCUGGGAGAGCAGCCUGUCCCCUCUGUCCACCCUGCGUGUAAGUUUCCACCUGCGUGCGUCUGGAGGUCUGCACCGGGAGAGCGUGGCGGAAGGCUUCUGCUUCGACGACCAGGAGCUGCACCUGCGCCAGAUCAACCUGCACCCGUCCCGCUGGAGCCCCGAGCUCUACCCGCCGCAGCACGCCACCCACCCAGCCGCGGCCUGCGACGGCUACUACACCCUCACCAUACUGGGGCUGAAUCAGCAGGUGGCAGUAGAUGCCCUGUUUAUGCCCGUUUGGUCAUCAAAAGACCCCCGGGCAGCCAGCAUGUCCUGGAGUCUCCAUGACAACAGCCUCCUGUCAUGCCUCAUGUCAGGUCACUUCUGCCCUCCUCCGAACACUUCUGGAUCAACAGACACCCCACGCCCCACCCCAGAGGAGGUGAUGAGCUCGGUGGCUUCGCUUGAACAGGAGCACAUGGUGUGUGUGCUGGACAUCUGUCUCCUAGGAGACGGGAAAGCGGAGGUGAUAUGCUCCAGGGUCUUCAGAACCAGGGACCUCAUCACAUCACAGACCAGCAGUGCCCAGUAGAAUGCACUGACUCAUUUUUAGUGGGUAUAUGAAGA